UUGUGAGGUCGAGUUCGUCCUCGCGGCCCAGAAAAAAAAAAGAAAAAAAAACCAAAAUUUGGGGGAAAUAUAAACUGCGAUUGCGGCGGCCGCAAUCCGAAAAAAAAAAGAUCCAUUUUUUUCUUUUCUUUUCACCCUAAUUCUGAGUUCUUGACAUCCGGAAUCAUCACGCUCUUCCCAAUCGAGGUUGCCGCUUCGAAUCUCGCCGCGCGCCGCGGCGGCUAGGGUUUUGGUCGCCGGUGAGCUGCUGCAUUUGGUCUCCAAGAUGCAGCCGCCGGUGGCGAAGAAGGUGGCUGCUCGCGUGGACACGAUGGAGAUCAAGUCGCAGAUUGCGAAGAAGCUGGGCGCCGAGCGCUCCGAGCACUACUUCCAUAGCCUGAAGAAGUUCCUGGGUGGGCAGCUUGGGAAGGAGGAGUUCGACAAGAUCUGCGUGGCUACAAUGGGGAGGGAUAACAUCAAGUAUCACAAUUUUCUCAUCAGGUCGAUCCUCAGCAAUGCCUACUUGGCGACCGCGCCGCCCCCGCCUCCGCCGCCGAGCAGGCAGGCAACCACCGGGAACUCGCAGACGAGCACCGUGUCCGUGUCCAACGGGGCCGUGGCCAACCAUGGCGUGAUGGCGGGUGUGAUGAGAGGGCCGGCGUUGGCUACCCGGGAGGCGAGGUUCGAGAGGCCGAGCCCGCUCGGGAAGUCGCCGCUUGGUCAUCAGGGCACCGGGGAGUUUGUGUCGGCUGGGAGCAAGGCGCCGUUGGAGGUUGUGUCUGUGGAGGAUGGCGAGGAGGUUAACCAGGCCGGGGGCAGUCCAGUGUAUGCGCAGAGCAGAAGCCCGAUUAGGGCUCCUUUGGGUGUUUCGUUUGGAGAUCCGAAGGCUCAGAAUUCUCGGCCUUCGAUUCCUCAUCCUUCGUUGAUAUGCUACAAAAAUGGUGAAUUGCCAGAAGCUCAGCGCUUGUUGAAGCUACUUGAGAAUAAGCUGCAAGCUGAAGGUCUUAGCUUGACUCAGGAGUGUGCUGAUGUGCUCAACUCUGGGCUGAAUGCAUACUUAAGUCGGCUGCUGAAGUCUUGUAUGGGCGUGGCGAAAUCAAGGGGAAAGAGAGUGAUGAUGAACUAUCCAAAUGUGACUACUGUUGCUGUUAUAAAUGGCGUGCAGUAUCAACGCUCUACAGGUUCAGCUGACUAUUCCUACCAAGCUUCAUUGCUAGAUCUUGAGACAGCUGUAGUGUGUAAUCCCCAGUUACUGGGAGGUAACUCCUCUCGGGUACGUGACAAGAUUUCUGCUCAUCUGUUAAACGGAUGAAUGAGGGUGGCUAGUUAUCUCGGAUUCUUUUAGUGAAUCUUAUGUUGACCAGUGUAGGCAACCUGUCGCAGUGUUGCAUUGCCAUUCAUUCUGCUGUAGAAAGCUACAGUUUAGUUAGGUUCAGGCGGAGGGAGAGUUAGUGUCAUAGGGCUGGGUGGUACACCCAUGGCUUUUGGUGGUCAGGAUGAUACAUCUUAGGGUACAUGAUAGUGAACUUCCAUUACUUGUGAUUAAUCACAACAAUAAUGAAAAAUUCUGGCAAUGCCUUUGAUCC